AUGUGUCGGCCAUGUCAGCCCUGUCCCUCCCUGCCAUUGCCCCUGGCCUACUUCCCCUGCUCUCACAUUACCCCAGGCUGCUCCGCGGGCUCAUUGUCACCGCGCUGUUAUAAGAUAGUGGAUCCCAGACGCCCAGUCCCAGGGGCCCGCGCUCGGUGCUCUGCCCACGCCGCCUCCCUUUCACUGCGGUGCAGGAGCGGAGCAGAAAAGACGCGAUUGUUUGCGGACACAGGGAUGAAUUUGUCUCCUCGCAGCAGAAGAAAAGGCCCAGUGUCAGGUGGUCCCAGAGUGGCCUACUUUCUGACAGCUACAGUGAGGACAGAGGACACAGAAGUAUCGGUGGUUCUCAUCUCCCUCUCACUGCCCGAAACCUCCUCUGAGACCGUCCCUUUGUCCCAGCCCCAGGAGGACGGACGCUCAGUGGGAGGCCACGAAGAGGGACGGGGGAAUGGAGAAUACACUCAGAAUGACCCAGCCUCGUGCUUCGCCCCAGGACGACGCUGCGUAGAGGACACUUCUGACUGA